GGUAGAAUUCUGAAAUCGGAUUCUCUUUUGUUUAAAAUGGGUUGAGAGAAAGAAAGAAAGAAAACGGAGAUGAAAGAGGCAAAGAAAGAGUUGAAAGCACUCAAACUCUCCAGACAGACAGUUUAAAGAAUCCCAGCUAACGUUAGUAUUUGCAGAGAAAAUCAAGCGCACAAAAAGAAUCGGUAAUAAAUGUCUGUUCAUCAAGUCUAUUGCUAUUAGUUUUGUAGAGAGAGAGAAUCCGUAACGGUAUUCCUACCUCCGACGACUGCUGCCGCUGCGAAUACUACCCUGGGGGAGGGGAAUUGGCUUCUGCUUUGAGGAAAGAAGACUGACAUGGACAGUACCAAUGUUUAUAUAUUCGUUAUUGCUCUUUUUGGUAUAAAUGUAUAUGGGAGACAAGUUUUAUAUGGGUGCUGCUAAUAUUGGGGAUGAAAGGAAACUGUGGAUUAGGGCUGGCUAUUGGUAAUGCUUUGCCAAUUCAAACUGCUGAUCUCAAUGAGUAUGAUUGUGAUUCAGAUGCAAGCCAUGAGGACUGCAAGUGAACCAAGUGGAAGGGCUAAAUGAAAUAGUUAAAGAUUAUGUGAUAGUUGGCCUCCAAUGGUUAUCAUAACAAAUGCAAGAUAUGAAUAUGAUGAAAACAGUAAGAUGGAGCUUAACAAGAAGUUUUCAAGGAGCAAAUUAACAUUAUCAGUUGAACCUUAGAUACGAAGGAAGAUGAUCUUGAGAAGUUGUGGAAGUCAUCACAAGAGAAAGUCAAGAAGUUGAAUGCAAAUCCUUCAGCCAUGGAAGUUGAGAACGGGACUAAGGAAACAACUAGAUUUAUGACAUUCCUAGCCGAAAAGAUGGAAGAAUUUGAAGCAGAGAGGCAGAAGCUGAUGAAAACUCACCAAGAGAAGAAAUUUGAAAUUAUGCAGAGUUAUUGGGGGGAAUUGCUUGACCUUGAGAACUAGUUGGAAAAAGAAGCCACUCUGCUCAUGUAAAAGUACACUCCUCAACGCUUCAAGGAAAAGACCACGUAAAGGCCAGAGUUUUAAAUAGUAAACUAGAGAUACAACAAUGCCAUGAAAAAAGAGGAAUGACAUCUUUUGUGGAGAGAAACAUUACUUGGACAAUAAGUAACAAAUGUGCACCAGUUCUGUUGUGAAAACCUAUACCAGUUUUUGAGACUUCAACUUUUGGAGUUUUGCUGUUUUCUUAAAUCCAUAGAUGUCUUGCCCUUUGAUUGUUUGGUAAAGUGUAUGAAAUAAAUUUAGCAUCUUUAG